CCAUACUCCCAAAACCUAUCUUUUGUACCGUCGAUCUUCAUGGCCAGUUCCACCUCUAGCCCCACGCGUCUUCGUUUUCACUGGGUCUCACUCCGACCCGCUGCGAUGACAUCGUUCUUCUGCCUCUGCCAUGCACUUCUUUAAGGUCUGAACUCUACCCAUCCAUUUAUUGCCCAGGUAAGCAAUUGAAUUAGCUUCCCAGUCCUUCCAUUGACUACUCCAAUCCUCGAAUUCCUGUCGCAGCAGCUAUGCUCCGCUCGCUCGCUCUCUCGAUUGCUCUUGCUAAAGCUGCAUCCGCAGUUUCGUCUUCCUACAAUUUCGAUCCUCUGCAGCAUCUUGCAGGCAUCGCACCCUACUUCGAACCCAGCGACCCUCCUCUCGAUCCAAGCCCUCCCCAGGGUUGCCAUGUCACUCGUGCCUCCUAUCUUAUACGUCAUGCUGCCAUCUAUGCAAACGACUUUGACUUCGAGGAGUACAUCGAGCCUUUUACGGACAAGUUGAAGAACUCCACCACGGAUUGGGGCAGAGCGGGUCCAUUAUCAUUCCUCAAGUCAUGGCAAACUCCCAUUGAGGACGAAGAUCUCGAGGAAUUGACACACAUUGGUGAGCUGGAAUCGUAUACCCUCGGCGCAACCGUUCGAAUGAGGUACCCAACCUUCAAGGCUCCCGGCAAAGUUUGGACUUCCACUGCCGAGCGCACCGAAAAGAGCGCCCAGUCGUUCAUCUCGGGUCUAGCAUUUGGGAGCAACGACACACAGAAGGUCUCCGUGCCUGAAAGCGAGGCUGAGGGUGCUGAUUCUUUGACCCCAUACAAGGGUUGCCCAAAGUAUAGUUCCUCAGGGGGCAGCGAACAGUCCUCGCAAUACAAAGAUAUAUACACCAAUCCCAUCAUCGAACGAUUCCGUAAUCUUGCUCCUGGCUUCAACUUCACCAAUGACGACAUUGUCGGCAUGCAACAGUUGUGCGGUUACGAAACUGUGAUUCGUGGAUCAUCCCCAUUCUGCGACCUUGACGUCUUUUCGGCGAAUGACUGGCUCAAUUUCGAGUACAUGAAUGACGUGCAGUACUUCUUCAAUGCUGGCUAUGGACUUGACGUGUCUGCUGCAGUCGGAUUUCCAUGGGUGAAUGCCACAGUAUCUACGCUAUUGGCCGAUGAGGCUGAACAGGAUCUCUACGUCUCCUUCACACAUCGCGAACUUCCACCCAUGGUCAUUGUUGCUCUCGGUCUAUUCAAUAAUUCCGCCUUCACGGGCGCGAACGACCCCAAUGCCACCAUGCCAUUGACGACGCAAAACUACAACAGAGCCUGGAAAUCCUCACAUAUCCUGCCAUUUCUAUCCAACAUAGCCAUUGAGAAAUUGUCGUGCGAUAGUUACGGUUUUGAUGCUGGCAACUACGUCCGCGUUCUAGUAAACCAGAGCCCGCAAUAUGUCCCUGGUUGUGCGAAUGGUCCGGGCGAAAGUUGUUCUUCCGAUCAGUUUCAGGAGCUUGUACAAAAGAGAGGAGAGCUUGCUGGCGGCUUCACCGAGAAGUGCGAGCCGGACUACAACAAUUCAACGGAUGUGUUGACGAUCUUUAAUAGUUCAUCAUGAUGGAAAUGACAAAAUCUCUUUGUACUUUUGACAACAGCAUAGCACAGCGCCGGGUCUUAUGACAAUGUAAAUAUUAAUUUCAAUCUUCA